CACCUGUGACUUUAAAUUGAAAUUUUAAUGUUUUGCCAACCAAAAAAGUUCGAGAACCACUGAACUAGAUGAUUGCAAUAAAGCUAUAAAAGUACGAAAAAUUCGCGUUUCGCUAUUCAAUCGUUGGUUGACGUUAGAAGCUAAUAAUUUAUAAAAAAAAAUCAUAGUUUUUUACUAAAGUGAAUUAAAAUAAAAAAUAUAUAAAGUUUAGUGACAAAAAAAUAAGUCAUGUCCAACUAUCAACGUCGUCAAAUUACUCGAGUAAAUGUAUCAGAUCCAGGAGAUGAGAUUGUUAUCUCAGGAAUUUCUGGAAGAUUUCCAAAAUCACGUACUGUUGAGGAGCUUAGUCAUAAUCUUUAUAAUAAGAUCGACAUGGUUGAUGCCAAUGAAAUGCGAUAUAAGCACAUAAAUGAUGAACUUCCUACACGUUAUGGCUUAACUGUUGAUCUUGACAAAUUUGAUGCACCUUUCUUCUCAAUCAAUCAACGUGCAGCACAAAAUAUGGAUCCACAACAAAGAAUUCUUCAAGAGCAUGCAUUCGAGGCUGUUAUGGAUUCUGGGAUGUGUCCCAAACAACUUCGUGGUAGUAAAACGGGAGUCUUUGUCGGAUGUUGUGUAGCUGAAUGUGAUGAAUAUUUAUUGUUUUCUGGUGGUCCAAAAGAUGGCUCUGGAAUGCUUGGUAGCUCUCGUUGCAUGUUAGCUAAUCGUAUUUCAUUUUCAAUGGACUUAAAAGGACCUUCUUUCGAACUUGAUUCAGCAUGCAGUAGUUCAGGAUAUGCCUUUGAUGUGGCAUUUAAUGCUAUUCGUAUUGGUGAAUGCGAUGCUGCAAUUGUUGGAGGAACUAACAUUAUAAUUCAUGAAUCAUCAUCGCUUCAAUUUGCUCGAUUGGGUGUAUUAGCCAGUGACGGAGUUUGUCGUUCGUUUGAUGAAGAUGCGCAUGGCUAUGUAAGAGCUGAGGCUAUCAACACGCUAUUCCUUCAAAAAAGAAGAGAUGCCAAACGAGUCUAUGCAACAGUUGUUUAUUCCAAGACAAAUGUGGAUGGAUUUAAAAAUGAAGGCUUAACAUUUCCAUCAUCAGAUCUUCAAGUUAAAUUAUUCCAAGAAGUCUAUUCGGACAUUGGAAUUGAUCCGAAAACUGUGGAUUAUGUUGAAGCACACAGCACAGCAACUAAAGUUGGUGAUCCUGAAGAAUGUAAUUCAAUUGAUCAAAUUUUCUGCGCUGGUCGUGAAGAACCAUUGCGUGUUGGAUCAAUUAAAUCUAAUAUGGGUCAUACUGAAGCAGCUGCUUCAAGUUGCGGAUUGAUUAAAUCAGUUUUGAUUUUUGAGAAUGGAAAAAUUCCACCAAACAUAAAUUUCUCAAAAGUUCGACAAGACAUUCCAUCGCUUGUUGCUGGACGAAUCAGACCAGUUACGGAACCAGAAGAUUUUGAUGGAAGCUUGAUUGCUGUGAAUAGUUUUGGCUUCGGUGGUGCUAAUUCGCACAUUUUGGUGAGAAGGAACCCAAAAGAAAAGAUUAAUCAAGGACUUCCAACUGAUAACCUACCAAGAUUGCUCGUUUGGUCAGGUAGAACUGAAGAAGCUGUUAAUGCCAUUUUUGAUAGUGUUACAAAGCAGCCACUUGAUGCUGAAUAUGUAGCACUUCUUCAAAAUACACAAAUGUCAACUAUCUCAUCGAAUACUUAUAGAGGCUAUGCAAUAUAUACCCAAGAACAAGAUGCUCCAAAUGCAACUUGUGUUGAACGUCACAUAGAAAACUAUGGAGAAGCAAGACGACCUACAGUUUGGCUCUAUAGUGGUAUGGGAUCUCAAUGGGCAGGCAUGGGUGCUGAUUUAAUGAAAAUUCCAAUUUUUGAAGCAUCCAUAAGGAAGUGUCAUGACAUCCUUGCCAAAAAAGGAGUCGACUUGAUCAAUAUUGUUACAUCAACUGAUCCAGCAACAUUCAACAACAUCAUGCAUUCAUUCAUUGGCAUAUCUGCAAUUCAAAUUGGCUUAACGAAUAUUUUAAAAGCUGUUGGACUUGAACCUGAUUACAUUAUUGGACAUUCAUUUGGUGAACUUGGAUGUGCAUAUGCUGACGAUUGUCUUACGGAUGAAGAAAUGAUUUUGGCUUCAUACUCACGUGGACUUACGUCUGCCCAAAAUAAUACUAUUUUCGGAUCAAUGGCCGCUGUUGGAGUUGGAUAUAAGGAAUUGAAAUCCAUUAUUGACGAAGGAAUUGAGAUUGCUUGCCAUAAUAGUUCAGACUCAUGUACAAUCUCGGGACCUGCUGAAAUUGUUACUCAAUUCGUUGAAAAAUUAAAGAAGCAAAAUAUAUUUGCAAAGGAAGUCCAAUGCUCAAAUAUUGCAUAUCAUAGCUCAUACAUUGCUGACUUUGGUCCUGAAUUAAUAAACUCAUUGAAGCCACUCAUUCAAAUUCCAAAACAAAGAUCACCCAAAUGGAUAUCCACAAGUGUUCCAAAGAAUGAAUGGGACUCAAUUGAAUCCAGAUACUCAUCAGCACAAUAUCACACAAAUAAUUUAUUAAAUCCAGUUCUGUUCGAAGAAGGUUGCGAAAGUCUUCCAAAGAAUGCACUUACUAUUGAAAUUGCACCGCAUGGAUUGCUGCAAGCUAUUAUGAAGCGAACUUUACCUGAUGGAAUGCAUUUCAGCUUGACUAAACGUCAAAAUAGUCAAAGCUCAAUGCUGCUGUAUAAUGCAUUGGGUAAAUUGUUCGAAAAUGGAGUUGAUCUAGAUCUUUCAAAACUUUAUCCAGCCAUUGAGUUUCCUGUCUCGAGAGGAACUCCAAUGAUUGCGCCGUCAAUUAAAUGGGAUCAUAAAAAUUCUUACUAUAUCCCCAGCUGGAAGGAUAAGCAGCAUAAUCAGCACAUUGUCAAUAUAAACUUAUCAGAUCCUGAAUUUGAGUUCAUUUCAGGACAUGAGAUCGAUGGGCGGAUUCUAUUUCCAGCUACAGGGUACUUGUACUUAGCAUGGAAGCUUAUGGCUGCACAGAAUUUUGAAAAUUUCAAUAAAUUUGAUGUCGAGUUUGAGGAUGUAAAGUUCAUCCGAGCCUGUCACAUUCAAAAAGAUCAGGAACACAAUUUGACAGUUAUACUGCAACGUGGAACUGGUCAGUUUGAAGUAAGCGAAGGAACAUCAACACUUGUGACUGGAAUUGUACGUCCGUGCAGUGACUAUGAACUAACGGAUAUUGAGGAAGAAGAAUCAGAUAUUUCAGAACUUGAGUCUGCAGAUUUCUAUAAGGAACUACGUCUUCGAGGUUAUCACUACAAAAAUCUAUUCAGAUCUGUAGUGUCAGCUAAAAUGGACAGUUCAAGUGGAAAGCUUAAAUGGAGCUCAAAUUGGGUUGCAUUCCUUGACUGCCUUCUUCAACUUCAAAUUAUCACGAAAGAUACAAGAUCACUGGCACUUCCAAUUGGUAUUAAGAAGAUUGUCAUUAAGAGGAACGAACAUGAAAAACUGAUGGCAGAGCUAGGAGAUAAUCCAAUUUUUGAAGCUAAGUAUAAUGCUGACUUGAAUCUCCUUCGUUGUGGUGGUGUUGAAAUUCGAGGUCUUAUGGCUCAAACGGUUAACAGACGUCCACCAAAAGGAAUUCCAGUUCUUGAAAGUCAUCGAUUUGUUCCUCACUUCCCAACUCCGAUUAUGUCAAAAAUUGACAUUGGACGCUUUUGUGUGCAGUUGGCACUCGAAAAUGAUCAAGUUGGAAAAGUUUCGUGUGUUGAGUUUGGCACGAAUGAUGAUAAAGAACCGCUUUGUGAAUAUUUGGGACUAGCUUUAAGUGAUCUGCCACUUGUCACAUCAGAAUUAACUUACCUGACGUCAAAAGACAUUGAAGUUCCUCAAGCAACUGUGUCCAAUUCAGAAUUGUCAGCAUUUAGUAACCAGACAUUUGUAAUCAAGUCCAGAUGCAUAUUUGAUGCUGAUUUCCUCGAGAAUGUGAAGAAGUACAUUAGUGAUUGUUCUUACAUUAUUUCAAGAGAGUCAAAGGAUUAUGAAAUCAUUCAGGACUAUGAAGGACCUGAAGGAUACAAAAUAGCUGCUGUAAUUCCAUCUGACUCCGAGACAUUAGUGAUGAUGCAGUAUAGAAAGGUUCCGUUCCCUACACCAACAUCCAUUAUUAAAAUCACUAACACAGACCAAAACUAUUCAUGGCUAGACAUCCUUAAGAAAAAAGCUAAAACAGAACCAACUUUACUUUAUGCUGAAAGAGAGAGUCAUUCUGGAAUUUUAGGACUCGUAAAUUGUAUCAGAAAGGAACCAAAUGGAAGUAACUUACGCUGUGUAUUUAUUGAUGAUGAAUCAGCACCGCAAUUUAAUAUUGGAAAUCCAUUUUACAAAUCUCAACUUGAUAAGGAUUUCGCCAUAAAUGUCUACAGAAAUGGCCAGUGGGGUAGCUUCAAGCACUUCCUGGUCAAACCUAUUUAUGACAAAAACAGCUAUAAAGAUUCUUGCUAUGCCAAUGGAUUAGUAAGAGGAGAUCUUUCGUCCAUCAAAUGGCUUCAAAGUCCAAUAACAGAGAGUUCUGAUAAUCUAGUCAAUGUCCAGUAUGCAGCACUAAAUUUCCGAGAUGUGAUGUUGGCAACAGGCAAGCUCUCAGCCGAGACAAUGGGUGACAAUAGAAUGGACUUGAUGUGCUUGAUGGGAAUUGAAUUUGCUGGCGUAACAAAAGAUGGACGUCGUCUAAUGGGAAUGAAAUCAGCUGGUGCUCUUGCAACUCAUGUCGAGGCUGAUGAAACAUUAUCUUGGGAAGUUCCAGACACUUGGUCACUUGAAGAAGCCGUGACAGUUCCUUGUGUCUAUGCUACAGUUUAUGCUGCAUUCUUCAUCACAACAAAAAUUCAGAAAGGAAAAUCAAUUCUGAUUCAUGCUGGCUCUGGUGGUGUUGGAUUGGCAGCUAUUCGAGUAGCAUUUGCUUAUGGCUUGGAAGUUUUCACCACAGUUAGUACUGAAGAAAAGAGGAACUACAUUUUGGAUGAGUUUCCACAACUGAAAAGAGAAAAUAUUGGUAAUUCACGUAGCACAUCCUUUGAAGACAUGAUUAUGAGACGAACACGUGGCAAAGGAGUAGACUUUGUGCUUAAUUCAUUAGCUGAAGAGAAGUUGGCAGCAUCAGUUCGAUGUUUAGGCAAAGGUGGAAAGUUCCUUGAAAUUGGUAAAUUUGACAUGGCAAAUGACAAUAAAUUAAGUCUUGGAGACUUCUUGAGGGAGCUGACAUUCCAUGCUGUUCUAGUCGAUAACAUGUUUAAAGCACCAACUGAAGAAAAAUUGAUUUUAAAGAAGCUUCUGGAUGAUGAUAUGAAGAGAAGAAUCAUUAAGCCAUUAAAGACAAAUGUUUUUAAUGCUGAUGAAAUUGAGAAUGCAUUCAGGUUCUUAGCAAGUGGCAAGCACAUUGGAAAAGUCGUCCUUAAAAUUCGUGAGAAUGAGUCGGACAGUGCCACACUUCCGAUAUCAGUUCUACCUAGAGUUCACUGCAAUCCAAAUUAUUCGUACAUCAUUUGUGGUGGACUUGGUGGUUUUGGUUUGGAACUAGCUGACUGGUUGAUUUUGAGAGGCUGUAGAAAGCUAGUAUUGAGUACAAGUAGAGGAAUAACUAAGCAAUAUCAAGCAUAUAGAAUUAAGUUUUUUGAAUCUUAUGGAGUGACUGUGCGUGUCAAUAAAGCAGACAUUGGAACAAGGCAAGGAUGUGAUCAGUUAAUAAGUGAUGCACUUGAUCUAGGUUCCGUCGGAGGAAUUUUCAACCUAGCUGUACAGCUACGCGAUAGUAUCUUAGAGAAUCAAACAGUAACAACAUUUGACGAAUGUAUGGCACCAAAAGCUGAUGCAACUAAACAUUUGGAUGAGAUCUCAAGAGUCAAGUGUCCAUUCUUGCAAUACUUUGUGAUCUUCUCAAGUGUUUCUUGUGGACGUGGUAAUGCAGGUCAAAGUAAUUAUGGCAUGGCUAAUUCAGUCAUGGAAAGAAUCAUGGAGGAACGACAUAAUCUUCACUUACCAGCCAAAGCAAUUCAGUGGGGUGCUGUUGGUGAAGUUGGAAUUGUUGCUGAUAUGCAGGAAGACAAAAUUGACAUUGAAAUUGGUGGAACUUUACUACAAAGAAUAUCUUCAUGUCUUGAGGAGCUUGAUACAUUAAUAACUGUCGAUAGUCCGAUUGUCGCAAGUAUGGUUGUUGCUGAGAAAAGAUAUAAAGGAUCUGGAAAAAGUGGUGUCCUUGAAAUGCUCAUGAAUAUUAUGUCAAUCAAGGACAUCAAAAGCUUAUCACUGGAAACAAAACUUUCAGAACUUGGAAUGGAUUCACUGAUGACUGUUGAAAUUGUCCAAACUUUAGAACGAGAAUUCAAUAUCAUGGUUACACCACAGCAACUGCGAUCUAUGACACUUGUGCAGUUAAAAGCACUUGAAAGCAGCGGCGUAAAUGAAACUUCUGGAAAGAAACAAUUAAACAUAGAAUUUUUAAUUAAGAACUUAGGUGAUGAAAGCACUAGCCAUCUUACGAUAUUGAAGCUUAAUGAUGUGGCAGAAGAUAGUGGGACGAAAGCUUUGGUGUUUCCAGGAAUUGAAGGCGUUGGUGGACAAAUGUUUUAUGAUUUGGCAAAACAACUGAAAUGUCCAACAUAUUUGAUUCAGUGCACCAAUAUUUGGAAUAUUAGCGAAUUAAAUGAGAUGUGCAGUGCUCUAAUUAAGGACAUCGAAAAACUGUACGCAAAUGACUCAAAAUUCUUAUUUAUUGGAUAUUCUUAUGGAUCAAUAUUAACUCUUAAAUUAGCUAAAAUGCUUGAAAACUUAGGAAAAACUGGAAAAGUUAUUCUAAUUGAUGGCUCGCCUAGUUCAUCUAAGAAAAUAGUAAAUGAGAUCCUUCCAGAAUCUGACAAUGUUGAUCAAGUAAUACAAAGAGUUGUAAUGGACAUUGGAUUAAAAUAUGCAUUUCCAAAUGAUACUAGUGAUCGUAAAAGAGCUGUUUUAGCUGCACCUAGUUGGGCAGAGAAAAUGAAAAAUUUUGAGGAGCUUUACCAUGACUUUGAUGUCUAUUCAAAAGAAUAUCUAUUCAAAAUCACAACUUUAAUCAAGAAUCGAGUUACUGCUGGAUAUCAUUUAUCUCUGGAUUACGUCUCAGUCAUUGAAUCACCAAUUAAAUUAAUCAAACCAACUGAAGCCACUAUAAUAAAUGAAGACAAUGAUAUGGGACUUAAAGCUUACUCAAACAGUGAAAUUGAAGUAACGACUCUUGAAGGAAAUCAUACGACUGUCUUAGAAAAUCAAGAAAUUUUUAAUAUUAUUAAUUCAACAUACUAGUUGUCAUUAUUUAAGUUUUUAGUGUUUUAUUGCCUUUUUAUGUAGUUUUGGUUGAAUGAUAUUUAAAUAAAUUAUUUAACUGUGUUAUAGAUGUUUUCAUAUUCAAUUAAAAUUGA